CCCAGUGAUAAAGUGUUGAUAGAUUUAAAUAAUUCAACUAUAAACUUAAAUAGUCUGUUAUUUUUUUUUGUAAAGUUUUAUCAUAUUACAUGUUAAUAAGUCAUAUAAUAUAAAUCUUAAACAUAAAGAUUAAUCAGGAUAUUAAUCUAGAAGACGCUUAUUAAGGAUACAGGAAAAAUGGGUGGGAAAUGUGCAAGAUCAUGAGUUGUGUAGAAUAUUCCCCUAAUCUGGGGGCAAGAGAUAUUCUAUCUUGGUUUUUCAUAUUUUUUUUUACUAACUCUGGUUCAUAUUUAUUAGUGUCACCUGUUACUAUGUUUUUAUUACUUUCACUUACUUUUGUAUAUGUAUAUAAUUAUUAUAUUAUAUAUAGGAAAUAAUUAUUAUAUAUAUGAAAUAUGUAGUAAGUGAAAGUAUUUUCUAUAGCUUGUUAUCUAAUAUAAUCUUGAAAUGUGUUGAAUUCUUAGUUCAGAUUUGAUGUUAUUUUUCGUUAAGAUUUUUUUUAUUAAUUUAUGUUAUACUUAUUUCUAAUCUAUAUAUUGAUGGUUCUUUAUUCUUUGCCAAGUAAAAAAAUACUUUAUCUCAGUGUUAUAUUUAGGCAGUAGUAAUUGAAUAAAUUUUAUCAAUAUGGAUUUACUACUUAUUUGUUAAGCACUAUAGUGCAGUGCUUGGCAGCCGUUAUGUUAUGGCACACUGGUGUGCCACAAGGUGAACUUGGCUGUGGCAUGAUAGUAGCCGAAAAUAAUUAAACUUUUCAGUUUUCUGUAGCUAAGCAAUAAGCAAUAAAUAAUUUAUCAAUUGAUAAUUCCUCAAAUUAAAAAUUAUAAGCAACUUGAAAAAACAAAUUAAAAAAAAAUAUUAGCGACCGGACGAGCGGACCUAAAUGUGUCUAAACUUUAAAUCCGACCCAGACUGCUUGAUUCAGGUUUAAUCACUUUAUUUAUUCAAUAUUUUAAUUCUGUCUCGAUACUAGAAUGUAGGCAUGCUAUGUAAUAGUAAAGGAUAAUCACCCAUGGAAAAUUAUUUGCGUGAUAUACUAUACAUCAUGUAUAUUAUUUAAUUUUUUUUUUACACUGAUUUUAGUGUUUCUAAUGAGAUAAAAAUGGUGGAUGUAUUGAGCAGUAGAUUAAAAAAUAAUAAUAAAUGAAAAAUACCUUAGAACUUUUUAACCUUAUGGAGAAACCCUGAAAUCUUUUCUGCCCUAAAUAAAACCAUAUUAAAAAUAUCCUAAAUCUUGUGGGAAAACCCCCCAACCUGGCAACACUGAUAGCUAUUCAGAGGCAGUGUCUUGGUCAGGUUGUUAUAAAAUAUGAUUAAACUACAACAAUUUUUGAAGUGUGGGGAGGAUGGCCGAAUGGGCUAAAGCGUGUGCGCAGCACCGCGAGUUGCCUGGCAACCGGAUAACAGAUUUGAGAAGAUUAUAAAAAGUAUGAGUUUUCGUCCCGGUGCCGUAGGGGAUUUUAAAUUCCGAGGAAGGGAAGAACAGAAAAAAAAACAACAUUUUUUGAAGUGAUCAAAAGAUAAUCAAACUUGUGUAUAUGGCUAAUAUCUUUGAGAAUCUGAAAUGAACUUAAUAGAAAAAUGAAUAAUAAAAGUGAAAAUUAUCAGAAAAAUUAAUGGAAUAUAAGUCGAAGCUUGAACUAUGGUAGGAAGGAUGUAAAGAAAUGUUCCAAAGGACUUGUAUUUGUGUUGUGCUUUAGACUUCUCAAAAAUUGUUGAUUUGCCUUGGAAUAAAAAAGGUUAGGGAGCAUUUCUCUUGAGGUUAGAUCUCUUGGAUAUAAACAAAAUUUUGGAGACAUCAAGAUACAACAUGUAUAUCUUGGCUGUAUAUUAAAGGCCGUCAAUCACAACACCAUUCUUUCAGUUUAUUCAUGCUUUUCCACUCUUCCUCAGGUUGACAGUAACUGGUCAAGGUAUUAUAAUUAUUAUUUAAGGUGCCAAAAAUAUUACUAUUAAUUGAUAAAUAGAUACUGAUCAAUCUAGAUCAUGGGUCUCCUAACCUUUUGUCCUGUGGGCCACAUGAUGCCUCCACUAAGUCCUGCAGGCCGUAUUGAGGCCUCCGCUAAGUCCAGCUGACUAUGGCUUGUGAUAAAUAAAUGACUAUUCAGCUGUGAAGUGAGCUUUCUAAGAGAAACAAUUCAUGCAAUAAAAACCUGUACCACUACAACCCAUGAAGGGUCUGGGGUUCAGUACUAUUUAGGGAAAGCACUGUUUCUAGGUCAACGGUUGUACAAGGAGGUGACUUGACCGAGAUCACGCUCAACCGCCAGGUUUUCCCCCUUAAUUAGUUAUUUAAUUAAGGGUACCCACUUUAUAGAGACUGGGUGUGCCUCAGGAGGGUCCCCCAACCCAGGGUUGCACCACGGCCAAUGAAACAGAUAAAUAAAUUUUCUACCAUGAGCCGGGGUUCGAACCUGGGACCUUUGCAUUGGAAGCUAUGUGCCCUACCACUGAGCUACCCCACUCCCAAUUCAUGCAAUAAAUGUUAUUAAAAUCUCCUGAGUUAUUUACUUAGUUUCAUAUUUUUCAAAGAGUUUUAAAAUUUGCCAUGUAAUCAAAAAAAUUUGCGGGCAGGACUGAAGGUGCUUGUGGCCAUAGUUUGAAGACCCCUGGUCUAGAUUAUACUAACCAAAUAAUUACAGUUGAUUGUAGAUAUUCUUAAGAGCCUUGCAUAUUUACAUUAUUAAAAAAAAAUUAUAUAACAGUGCCAAACGAAAUCUGUUCGAUUACCAUAGUAAAUUGAUGCGAAAAUGAAGACUUGCCUAACCACCAGACCCUUUAGUAAGUAAAGUUAUAUAGAUAAAUAUCAAACUAGACCAAAUGCAACUGAAAAAUAAUUAUUGAAGAAGAAGAAUCUUUAAAGGGCAUAUCUAUGGUAUUUUCUUCAGUGAUCCAAAAGGAAACGGAAGAAAUGUGAAAUUUGUGAAGUUGGAAGAAUUCUGCCCAUGUUCUCUCUUUUUUUUUUUUUUUUUUUUUCUUUUUCAGUUUUCUGUGGUAUCAUGAUUUCAAAAACUUGGACGGGUAAAGGAGUUUUAAAAUAAAGAGGCUGUUGGUUCUAUGAAAAAUGUCUGUUCUUUUCCAUGAAAAUAAGCUAGUAUUAUUUAUAUUUAAUAUUAAAGUUAUAUUGUUUUAAUAUUUAAGUUAUUCAUCCUUUCCUUAUAAAUAAUAAAAAGUUAUCUUUCCAUUCAUUGUUAUUAAAGUUAGAUUAUUAAUAUACCUUUUCAAAGGUCAUAUUGAAGAUAUGAAUGUUAUUAGUUUUAGUAUUAUUUCUUUUAGAUAAUGUUCAUUUGUAGUAUUUGUUCUUGUUUUGAUAUUAAUAAUCAAGAAAUUAUGAUUAGUGAAAGAAUAUUGUGAAAUAAUUAUUUUAAAUAAUUGGAUAUUAUUAUGCUUAAUAUUUGUUGUUAUUGUUUUAAGAAAAAUAUUUAUUGUUGCAGAUGAUGUUAUUUAUGUCUCACCUACGCAUAAGCCAAAAGAAGAAACUCCUCCGCCACCUCCACCUCCUCCCAAAAUAUCAACUUCUCCUCCUCCUCCUGAAACUGCUCCUACAACUCAAUCAGCCGGCGGUGAUAAUAGCUUAUCAAUUGAAGAGACCAACAUCUUGAGGGCUAAGUUAGGUUUGAAACCUUUAGCUGUAAAGAAGGAGGUAAGCGAAAAUGGCGAAGUUACCAUUGGUGAGAAGAAAGAAUUUGUACAUAAACCAGCAGAGGACAUUACUGCUAAGAAGCUUGCUGAAAAAAUUAGAUCUAAAAUAGUUGAAAGAAGAGAAAAACGAGAAAUAGAAAAAAAAUUGAAAACAAUUAAAAGUAUAGCUGAAGAAAGUGACGAAGAAGAUGUUUCAACUUGGGUUAAAAAAAGCCGACAGCUUCAGGAAGAAAGAGUUAAAGCUGAGCAGAAGGCAAAAGAACUAGAUGAAAUGGAUGAAGUUUUUGGUAUAGAAGAAUUAGUUAACGAAGAAAUCAAGUUAGAAAAAAAAGCAGCUUAUACAGCUGCCAAUCUGAGAGGUCUUAAGGUUGAACAUGAUAUAGAAACUUUCGUUGAAGGAAAAGAUGUUGUACUUACUCUAAAAGAUAAAGAUGUGUUAGACGAGGAAAACACAGAUGUUCUUGUCAAUGUCAACUUGAUCGAUGAUGAAAGGUACAAAAAGAAUGUCGAAAAUAAGAAGCAGAAACCUUACAACUACAAUGCCGUCGAUUCCGGGGAAAUGGAUAUUGAUGAGCCCAAAGGAGUGCUGUCGAAAUAUGAUGAGGAAAUUGAUGGCGCAAAGAAAACAUCAUUUGUUAUAGGGAUGGAUAAUGCAGCAACUAUGAAAGAAUCAAUAAAAGCUAAAUUGAAACAAAAAGCAAAAAUGACCUUAGAUACAUUACAAUUGCCUGAACCAAAGAUUGCUUCUGAGUAUUAUUCGCAAGAUGAAAUGGUUAAAUUCAACAAGCCCAAGAAAAAGCGGAAGAUGAAGUCCCGUACAUUAAAAGCAGAUGAUCUUCUGGCAUUGGUGAAUGGAAAUACUGUUGAAAGUGAUGAGAAGGUAAAACAGGAAAAAGAUGAUGUAAAAGUCAAACAUGAAGUUAAAGCGGAGCCGAUGGAUGUUGAUGAAGAAGUUCCUGUGGUUUUUGAAAAUGUCCGGAUUGAAGAAGAUGAUGAUACCGAAUUAGAAUAUGCUUUAAAAAAAGCAAGGCGUCUAAAGCAAACGCCAAUUGAAAAGUUAACUGCAAGGUUACCGAAAGUUGAAGAGGUACUGAUGGAAAUUAAGGAUGAACCACAAGAUGACGGACUUGGUGGCUCUAUUGUAUUAAACUCGACGGCUGAGUUUUGUCGUACCCUUGGUGACAUACCUACUUAUGGAUUAGCUGGUAAUAGGGAAGACGGACCAUCUGUUAUAUUGGAUUUUGAAAAGGAUAACAUUGAGAAAAAGAAGAAGGAAGAAACUGAUGGCCGCAGUGGAGGCUGGAAUGACGUUGAAAUGGAUGAAAAAGUAGCUGAAAUCAAGCAGCCAGAGGCACCCAUCCUGGACGCUGAGCCAGAUCUUGGAUCAGGAGUAGCGGGUGCCCUCAGGCUUGCCGUGUCGAAGGGCUAUUUGGAAAAGGAGACUGUCAGUCGACCGUCUGCAUCACGGUUUUCCCAUCUUGCAGCUCAGAAUUAUUCCAUCGACGAUAAGGCACAUCAAGGAGAUGAUGAUAAAUUAGGAAGAAGGGAGAGAUAUAUGGGACCUACUUCAGAGUUCAAAGAAAAGGAUGGCUACAAACCCAAUAUCAAGUUGGAAUACAUUGAUGACGACGGCCACUUGUUAUCUGCUAAGGAAGCCUUUAGGUAUUUGUCACAUAAAUUUCAUGGAAAAGGUCCAGGAAAGAACAAGGUAGAAAAACGAAUGAAAAAGAAUGAGCAAGAAGGCCUUAUGAAACAAAUGAGCUCGACAGACACGCCUCUAGGAACACUUCAAAUGCUUCAACAAAAGCAAAAAGAAACCCAAUCAGCCUUUGUUGUACUUAGUGGCAGUAAACAGACAAAUAUUCCAGCUUCGAUAUCGAAGACGAAAAUGUUAAAGUGAAGUCAGCUAAUAAAUAUCCUUAGAUUUAUGUUAUGGGAGAAAAAAAAAUGUAAUUAUAGUUAAUAUUGAAGUCAUUUUUUUUUACAGUGCAUUUGAUAAGAAAAAUUAGGUUUUCAUGUAUAUUUUUGUACAAUAUUGCUAAAUUAGUACAAUAUUCUGAAAGCUGAAAUUAAAUAUACAAACAUCAUGUAAAAGUAAAUAUUCAAAUUAAACCACUAAACUGUCAUUUUACCAAUCUUUAUUAUAUAUGUUGACAAAACUUUAUUCUUGUACAAAUCCUACUAGGUUGUAUUAUAGUAGCUAUUGUUUCCCUCUUUUGUAUCUAUAUGUUUAAAUAAAAAUUUAUUUGAUUUUGUA